UUUGCGUGCUUGUCCCUAUAGAGUAGUCUUUCUUCUUUUUUAUUGUUUUUCUUAGCCCCCUUCUUUUUCUUUUUUUUUUCAGCAACAAGUCGAUUUACUUUUUUUUUUCGACGCAAUACAAGAUGUCUGCGGAAAGUAUUGCAGAAUCAACCUAUGAUGGUGAACAACAAUCUUCACAUAAAAUGUUUGAGUCAGCUCGAGAACAAAAAUUGGAUAGUCGAUUUAAUUUUUGGUCAAAUUCACCUAAUUCAGUCUUUCUUGUUGUGUUGUCGAUGUUUGAAGCCAUCGUUGUGAUAGCAUUAGAAGCUGUCAUUUUUGCUAAGUUCUAUCACACAGGAUUCUCAAACGAUAAUUUAGGUUUGGGUAUUCCAGUCUAUUUAAUGAUAUUUAUCACUUCUCAAGUCUUUCAAGUCGUUUUAGCAUGGGACGCUGUUCGUGCGCAAAAUACCAUUCAAGUGAUUGCCUUUUUAUUGUUCAACAUUUGUUGCUUUGCUUAUGCAGUCUUUCAAUUCAAACAGAUAAAAGACGCCAUUGACAAUUCAAGCUCUUCAUUAGAACAAUUUGCUUCCUCGUUGAUUUUCCUUAUUAAUCGAUUAUUGGUCGUCAUUGCAGUUGUUACUGGUGUUUGUCAGCUUAUUUAUUUCUAUAUAGGUGCAAGACUCUAUCAAGAAUUUGGCUGGAAGAUUUAUAAAAAAAUAGGUGCAGACCCUGAGAUUAGAAACAUGUAUAGAUGGUUCCAAAUUAUUUUAACCAUUUUGAAGCUGGAUCUCUUUUUCUUUUUGGGUUAUUCUAUUCAAUACCUUGUACUUGUAUUACAAAUAGACGACUAUGAAUUCCCAUUGACCAUUGUAGCCAUACCUUUAAUUUGCUUAUUUUUAUUGUUAGCUGUGUAUGCUAUUCGACAUGAAUCAAGAUGGCUAAUAAGCUUAUUCUUUGUUGGUACAUGCGCUGCUAUAGCCUAUUUUAUUUUCAAAAUUUACCGUAUCUAUGAUCCAACACAAGCAUACAAAUAUACCUAUGUCAAAGAUUUCUUGACAUUCUUUGGUAAGAAACACCAUCAUUGGAUUUGAUUCUAAUUCUACCUUAGCCAGUGUUUCCUUAGUACUUGUCCUGUUGACAAUUAUGAAUGCAGGCAUUUGUUGUUCUAAUUUUGGUAAAGGACUAAAACCACAUCGUAAGUCAACACCCACUUACCAAUGACAUCACAUACUGAUGAGCUAUCUAGUUCUCUCUAAACAAACAAGUUCGUCUAUGCCUGGAGAUCUUGCAGAACGUACACUUUCAUUGGAUUGAAAUAACUAAAAGUCGACUGGAUUCGCACAAACUCAUCCUUCUUUCUAUUAUUUGUGUGUAUGCAUAACUUGUAUUUGUAAUUUAUUAUUAUUAUUAUAUAUAUAUAUAUAUAUAUAUAUAUAUAUAUA